CCACCCCUCAACACACCUUAAAUCCCAGCCCACUGCGCCUGGGGCCCAGACCCGGCUGCCCAGGACACCAUGGAGUUGCUGCCCGGCCAGAUCCUGCUCCUCCUCGCAGCCCUGCUGCCCCUUGCCACAUGGUCAGGUCCGGCCCCACACCCGCUGGGAAGAGAGGAGCCGGGGACGGGGCUGCAGGUGACCGGGAUUUGGCCCCAGGGUGCUGGGAGGUGCCCAGCCCUGCGCCGUGGCCCUCCCCAGUGUCCCGGCUGCUGUGUCCCACAGCGAAGCCCGGGUACUGCUACCAUAUCCCGGAGGUGGAGGACCCGCUGCACAAGGACUGUGGCGACUGCCGCGGGGAUGCUUCCUGCUCUCGCUGCACCAGCGACAUCGGCUGCCCCGGUGCCACCAAGUGCUGCCCCAGCAAGUGCGGCUACAUGUGCCAAGAGCCGGUGCUGGAUAUCUGCUACCUGCCCUCUGUCUGUGGGAGCUGCAAGGCGCUCUUCCGCCGCUUCUUCUUCAAUGCCUCCAGCCAGCGGUGCGAGGAGUUCAUCUAUGGCGGCUGUGGUGGCAACAGGAACAACUUCGAAACCGAGGGCGAGUGCUUCCACGCCUGCUCCCACGUCGUUGCAGGUGCCCGAUAGUGCUGGCCUGGGGAGCAUGGUGGCCUCUGUGCGGCCCCUGCCCAGGGGAAGCUGCUGCUGGUGGCUGCAUCCCUGUCCCUCAUGGGGCCGGUGGCAACGAGUGCUGCUGCUUAGGGUGGCCACGCUGGGGGCUGUGGCUCACCCAGGGAUCCUUGCCAGCCCAAGGGCAGGGAUGUGCACUCACCAUGGGGUGGCUGUGGUGCCUGGCCGGAGGAGCCCGACCCUCCUCUAGGGAUGUGACUCUUCAAUACAAGGACA